CACCUUUGACCCAACAUCCGGGACUUUGUCAGUUCAUUCUUGGCGGGGCAUUUCAAGAUGGCUGCCCUCGGCUGAAAAGGAAACUAAAGGAGUUGUUUCACAUUAGCUAGAGGAAGCAAGCCUUUGAACCAUUAUAAUGGCAGGACCACACAGUAUGAUGAACCUGAGUCACACCUCGGGCCCAGGGCCAGCCGGCAUCAUGGCUGACCCUAUAGACAUGAGAGAGAUGUUCUUCACCAACCUGCUUCUGCUGGGGUUCGAUCCAAACUCCAUGGAGGCCAAGCACAAAAUACCAUUCAGCAGAGACAUGUUUGCUCUGCCCAACAAGAAGGCGUUUGAAGUGGUGACCCACUAUCUGUUCAACAGGCUGGAUCCUGUCAUGGCCAGGGAAGCCUUCAGGGAUUGCUGGCCUAUCUACGACAAGAAGGGUGAACAACAGUUCCGCAGGACAGUGAACAACUGGAUGACACAGAUCUCCCGGGAGGAACCAGAGGCUAACCUCCCCAGGAUCGUGGCCUCUCUCUUCAUGUCACCAGGAGGAGACAGAUUUUACAACCUGAUGCUGCAUUUCUCUGCCUUCGUCAUUCUGAAGGCCACCCAGGUGGAGAAUGGUGUGAAGAGAAGGGACAUCCAAGAGCGCCCCACGGUGCUGCCCUCUGACCUCCACCUGACCCCGCUAAUGUUGACCGGUGUCCAGGCCGGUCUGGUCAGGCACAGGAAGAAGGCACUGGACACGGCUCAGACCGCUCAAGUACUGGAGGCAGAGUGGAAACAGUUUGCCAAUGAGCAGGUGAAGGAACAUCGCCACCUGUCAAAGAAGUUACGAGAGACGGAAAAGCAAGAAAACGAACUGCUGGCAGAGUCAAGUGAGAUAAACAGGAUAAGUCCCACUAGAAGGAAGUCAGGAGGAAGACUCCAACAUGACGACGAUAUCCUGAGGGUCAAGAGAACACAGGCUGUCCACAAGGUGCGAGAAUUGUGGAGAGCAGUUGAUGAGUUGUACACAGGCACUUCACAGCAGCGUGAAGUGGUAGAGUCUGUGUUGCAAGGAGUUCUGGACAAGUAUAAAGUGGACGCCUCCAAAAUAGACGUGCGUGUGCCUGACCUGCUACUCAGGGAGUGUGACCGGGAAUUACAGAGGAGAAAUGUUGGAGACAUCUAUCAGGGAGGAAAACUCAAUCUCCUGAGUUUGGUGCAGCUGUCAAGCCUUGCCUUGCAUCUUUACAUUGAAAAGUUGCAUGAAGGUGGUCUGCCCAACUUUUCUGACUUCUCUGGUGAGGUUGCCACCCACGUGCACACCCACCAUGCACACCUGUCCAACGCACAGGCAUUCAGAGAUUCUCUGGUAGACAAGCUGAUCCCAGAUCUCCAGGAGUCUGUAGCCAGGCUGACCAGGGAGCUGGACUCACAAUAUCUGCCCCAAGAACCCACCACACAGAACUCAUAUCCUCUGUCUAUCCCGUCCUUAGGUCUGGGCCUGAUGCCUGCCACUCCACCCGUGUCCUUCUCACCUCAGGAAGGGACCACGGGACUCACCCCUGCAGCUUCCCUCCGCAGGCCCUCUCCUGAAGUGUCCACUCCAGAGGUUGUGUCCAGACUGGCCAGUUCUGUCCACCGGGCGGCGCGCAGGACCACGGGGCUGCUGGCCCAGGGAACUCCGACGUACGACAGGGGAGUACUGACUGGGGAACAGACUUUCAGGGAAAGCAUACAGCCUGCCUCCAAGAUACCUGUGAAGAGAAGAGAGGAGAGACCUGUCCAGCAGCUUAAAAUGCCCCCUAGGGUCCAGCAGGAGGUACUGCAUGCACCAGCACCCACCAGCCCCGAUACAAACAACAUCUUCACCCCCCUGAAGACAGACCCGCAGAUGAGGGUGGAGAUGACGCCGGUACACCAGCGGAGAAGAGCGCAGGACAUGCUGGCCUCCCAGUCCAAACAGCCAAUGGGAGACCAGCGCUGGAGAACGCCAGUUGGGAGACCCGUGGAAGAUCCCAACACCACUCCGAGUAGGGGGGUGCAGGGUUUUACACCAAAGGCACAUCAGCUCCUGAUUGAUCAGAUUGCUUCAGCAGUAGCAGAAGAGAGGACCCCUUCUGUAGCCAGUUCUUCUGACCGCUCACCUCCCAACUCCCCUGUCCUACAACCUCUACAGGACCCACUAGCUGCGCUAGAUGAAAGUGUUGCCUUCACUUCUCGAGAUAAACUUCAAAGAACACCCUCGUCCAAGCCCAGACCCGCUCCAAUGUGGAAAGAUAUUCUGUCUCAAGACGGACGGCAGGACACUCCAACAAGAACGCUCUUCCCACAAGACCACGCAAGCCAAGAGCAACCACCAAUAGAAGGCGGGCUUACAGGACUACGCAACGGCUGGCCACAGCUCGGCAAGCAGAGAUAUCCUUCCAUGGAAGACCAGGAGUCUUCCGAGUCGGAGAAACCCAGCUCGCCAGUCGGAAGCGUCUCCACUCAGAGUUCCCUCCUCUCCCUGCUGAACGGGACUGAAAAGGGAAGGGAGAGUCAUGUCCAAGGCAAACCUUUCGAAGACUUGAUGACAUUCAGCAGCGCUGAAUCGUCUGUCCCUUCGUCCACAAACGGAGGAAAAGCGCUAAAUAACGGGAAAGGCGGAGCCUACAAUGGAGAUGAGAGUAAAAGCAAAGCGAGAGGAAGAAUCAAAGAUGGUGUGGAGAAAGAUGGUGUAAACGUGUAUGAGAGGAAGUCCUCAUCCUCCUCUUCUGUUGAAGAAAUAUCCACUGAGACUAUGGAGAGGACGCCGCCUGCUGUAACCAUGAUGAGAAUAGCGACAACUCCUCUUGGGUUGUCUGAUGAAAUCCCCUCCGAUGUUCCUAUUGAAGAACUUCUAGCAAACCUGGGGAUAGGAGAUGCUGAGUCGCCGCUGAGGACGGACCCUGGGGACGACGCGGCAUCAGAAGAGGACGACGCGACACCGGCCAACCCGCCGAUCAGGCUCGAAGACGUGGAGGAAACGUUCAACGAGAUUUUUUCCUCUCGAACUCCGACGCUGGAGGUUCGGUCGCGGCUGGGCACUCUGCACACGCCGGGUGAUACCAGCGCUCUUACUCUCGAGGGUCAGACCCCAAAGUGGCAGUCUGAGUUGUUUGACAGUCCUUCGGCCAGGUCCCCCGAUGACGACAUGAGUGUUGGAGAGAGCAAGCUUCUCUCGGAUAUUUUUGCCGGCAGUCAGAAGAGAUCUCCUGUUGUGACCAAUGGCAGCUCGUCUGGCUCGGAGGCAAGCGACUCCAUCGGCGCUGGCAGGGACCGUCACCCGACCGCCAGCUCCGGGAAGAGCGUGACGUUCGCGGAGGUCCACACGGAGCACACCUACUCCGCGUACGAGUCCAUGAACAGCUCCAAGGGGACCUCGCUGCUGGAGGAUUCCCACUCUUCAUCAGCGCUCCCUGCCGCCGAAAACGGUACUGCAGGAGGGAAGGCUGCCGCCCAAUCCCCCGAAGACGUGAUAGCCAGAUACCAGCGGCUUAAAGCGAGCGCCAUGGCCCUCAUGGCAGAGGAAGUAGAAACAGACCCCCAACAAGACACACUCCCAAAGCUUUCUAUCAACACUGGUACUGCAGAGGUAGGGGGAGCCGCCGAGCCACCGCUGAGUGAGAAGUUCCUACAGCACUCUCCACGGAAAGAAGAGGACCAGGAAGACCACAGGAGAGGGUUGUCAGGUUUAGGGCUACGUGACGACGUGUUUUCCACUCCACUGGGACAGCCGAGGGGCAGGCUGGAUUGGGAGGAUAAUGUAGAACCUAGACAAACUACAACAGACAGUGGAGACGGCUACAGUUUUAUCUCUGCUCCAAUUUGGACCCAGACUCAGACAGUCACCCCCAACAGGACACCUGUGAAUCCUGCAGUGAAUCGUAUUAGGAAAGCAUCAGGCACCAGGAACUCCAGUACCUUAGCAAACUCUCCUGUCACUGACUGGCUCCACUCAGAUGGCAGGUCCAACUUUCUCAAUGCUGAUUCCGAGUUUCCACCACGGAGAGAGAGUUUGGGAGUAUUUCUAGGAGUAGAUGAUACCAUUCUGGUGCCGCCCUCCCCGUUAGAGAGUCAUCACUUCAGCUUCUCGGACACCCCCACUUCAGGCAGGGGGGGCGCCCCCCGGGGGUCACCUGCCAUAGGUCAUCUCAUCGACUUCUGAUUCGCCUCAGCUCUGACCAGCAGUUUAUGUGAAUAUGAUGUACUAUCUUUCAAACUAACAUUUAUACAGACAGUCAUUUUCAAUGAGAGAAAGUUGAUUGUGUACACGAAAAUUGGCGAAAUAAAGUUGACCAGAAACAGUGUUCUACCCAGCCUGACUUUUUUUUCCGCCAUCUCAGUCUUGUUUGACCGUAACAGCAUGUCGAACACUGAAGAAGUGAGGAAAAAUUUUAAAAUCUUGACCCUCCAAAACGCUAAUUCCUGCAUUUUGAGGUGAAAAUUUUGCU